AUGACGGCGACAAAAACAGCCGAUGAUAAGGUUUCAUGGUCAAGGAUCAAUGAAUUUAUUUCAAAAUGUGACGCAAGUUCUUUAAUUGGAAAAACAGUAUAUGUGUAUGAUUAUACACCAGCUAUAUCUUAUCUUACACCGCCAUGGAAUGCGCGGUUUAAUGGCUAUGUCAAUUCAGUAAAUCCGACAACAAAAGAAUUUGGAAUGGCUAAUAUGAGAUCUUUCCAAAAGAAUACUAUACAAAUAGUUGAUAUGUCAACAUUUACAGAAAACCAUAAAUCCAUAAAUUCCAUAGUGCAUUUAGAUAAGAAAAGGUUUGAUAAUAUAUUUGCUGAACAAACACGAUACUAUAGUCUAAUUGAAAUGGGACAGUUUGCUCGUAUUGGUUUUACUGGACCUUAUACAUCUGGAUUACAACAUUAUAUCAUGGAGUUUUCAUGUUGGCGUUUAUCCUGUUCCAAAAAUGACUAA